AUGUCGGCUCAUGUUGGCGCUGGAGUCGUGUACGCGCGCAAUAGUCCAGCGAUGACGAUGGCCGUUCCCUUCAUCCUUGUGUGGUGGCGAGCAAUCACCAAUGGCUCGCUACUUUUUUUUGGCAUGGAAUUUUGGAUGGUGUGUCGAGAUAUGUGCGUCUGGUGUCACUGGAAAGUGUAUCGCCAGGUUGGCAUGCUCUAG